ACAUCAAUCUAUUUGUUUUUUUAUCAGUUUAUAUAUAUGUUCCACAUGACCACCCUGAGUGUGUUUACAUGGAAUUGAUUCGUCGCUUGCUGCGGUACGAACAAAGAGCGGCAGCAGCGGACUGCAAAGGUUAUGUUAAAUGAAUUAGACAUAGGAAUUUAAGCUAGAAUGAAUUGCUCAGAGAUUUCAUUAUUAUAGGUAUAUUAUUAUUGUUGUGUUGUUCGUCAUCUUGAUUCGUUGUCAUAAAAACAAGAGAAAAACAAAAAAAAAAAAAACAUGUGCAAGAUAAGUGUGUGUUAUUCUGAGAACAACGAAUACGACGAUUGUGGUCACAUGACAAAAUGAUGAAGCAAACAUCUCUAAGAAUCAAAAUGAAAAAACAAGGAGAAUGUGACUUGCCUGGGACUAGGCACCUGUGCACAUUACUACAUCUGGAUAUUCUGGAUACCCAAAAUGUUAUUAACGGCCGUAAAGAUAACGUAGAAAAGAGACAUGAUUAUAUCUCGCAGGAAUGUUUUUUAAAGAAUGCCAAUGAUCCUAGCAGUAAAAAUCAAUACUCUCCAAAUCAAACUUUAUCGACUCCGUUGCCAUCACUACCAUCAGUACCACAGUCAUUAUCACCGUGUAAAAUACUUGAGUUAGACAAAUUAAAGCAACCUCAAAAAUUUGGUGGAAAUCAAAUGGGAAUUUUAACCUCGGAUGAAAAUCGAAUGGAAGAUGAGGACAUUGAUCAACCCCAAACUGGUUCAUCUGGUACAACUGCUGUUAUUACUGCUGCAACUGUUACGACUGCAACUACUGCUGCUACUACGACUGUUGGUACAGCACCACCUACAAGCCCAGAAAGUGAUGCAGAAAUUGAUGACUUUACACCUAAAAGAAAACAAAGAAGAUAUAGAACUACUUUUACAAGUUUUCAACUUGAAGAACUGGAGAAGGCAUUUUCCAGGACUCACUAUCCCGAUGUCUUCACUAGAGAGGAACUUGCUAUCAAAAUUGGUCUUACAGAAGCUCGUAUUCAAGUUUGGUUUCAAAAUCGUCGAGCAAAGUGGCGAAAACAGGAAAAAGUAGGUCCACAAGGGCAUCCAUAUAACCCUUAUUUAAGUGGUACUGCGACACAAUCAUCGUCUACUGUUGUUACUCCAACGCUUCCACAUCCAUUUGCCCAUUUAGGAACAUUCGCUUUGCGUAAACCUUUUGAGACAUUUCGUUACACGCCUUUGGGACAUGGGCCUGUUCUUAAUCCUAGUUAUGGAGUAAGCAGUGCUAGCGGUAGCAAUCAUUCUUAUCAUCGUACACCUCCACCUUUGAUAUCACCACAAAGUAUGCCAGGACUAUCUUAUACAGCGACGGCUGCAUCAUUUCAAACUCUUUUAGCAAAUAUUUCUGCUGCACAACAACCAAAAAUUUCAUUACAUAGAUCAUCUUCGCCACCAACAACUACAACAUCAUCAUCAAUUAUAUGUGGUUCAUCUCCAGCUGCUUCAACAUCACCUGCAUUAUCAAUAGUACCUUCAGCAUCAGCUAUGACAUUGCCAACUCCUCAAUCUUCAACAACGGUACCUAAUUCUAAUACAGAAACUAGAUCAUCAACCGAAUCAUUAUUAUCUACUGAAACUAUCAAAAAUUUACCAGCGGAUAUUGAUAGACGAACAAAUAGUAUUGCAUCUCUGAGACUUAAAGCCCGAGAAUUUGAAUUACAUUUAGAAAUGUUGAGAAAAAAUGGUGAUUUAAUUAGCUGAAAAAA